UGCUAGACGCCAGGCGCCAGACAAAAUAAGGGAAGCGCCGCCGUUAUCAAUGAGACUUUUUUUGUAGUAGUAUUUUUUUUGUUCGUACUUCAUUCAAAUAAAAAAGUUGUUUUUUUUCAGAUAUUCAGUCACAUCUUUCUAAUGAUUUUUACCGCCGGAGCAAUCAAAUCCAGCGAUUAUUUCUUGUUGAAAACGAAAACGGUGAAAUAUUCAAACGGAAUCCGAUCAGAGAUCGUUGAUUUACCCGAUAUGAGUUCUUCGCCGGAGGCUGGGGCUGAGGCUUCGUCUUCGUCUUCGUCGUAUUCCGAAACAACGACCCAGCUGACAGAAGAACAAAAACUUCGUGCCGAAGAAAAUCGCCAAAAAGCGUUGCAGCGCAAACGUAAACAUACGGAUAAUGUUGUACAAAAAGAAGAGCGAUCGCUGUUUGCGGUAUCUUCGAGUGAUAAUUCGAAGAAACCAUUGGCACCGCCUAAAUUAAUCGAUACCGGAGGAGGAUUUUUGCUGGAUGAGACUCAACUCGUAGAAAACAAAAAAGCGGAGAUCGUUAUCGCGGAGAAACCGCCACCCAUUUUACCUCCUGAUCAGCCUAGUUGUCUGGAAUGCCAAAAAGAUUUUGGGGGCUCGUUUUUACUUGAAAAAUUCGAUUACAACGUAUGCGAUGAGUGUAGAGAUGCCAAGGAAAAACACGCGCUAAUCACAAAAACGGAUGCGAAAAAAAGCUAUCUUCUUACCGACGUUGAUCUCGAACAACGAGGAAAACCGUUGAAAUUUAUGUUGGGUAAAAAUCCGCACAAUUCUAGAUGGAACGACAUGAAAUUAUAUUUACUGCCGCAAGUGGAAGAAAGAGCGUUGGAAAUAUGGGGAUCGGAAGAAAAACUAAUCGAAGAACUAGAAAACAGAGAAGAGAAACGAAGUAAGACGAAGCAGAAAAAAUACGAAAAGAAAAUGAAAGUUCUAAAAAUGUCAGUUCGUAGCAGUCUUUAUACUCGAUCUCUAACUGAAAAUCAUACGCAUCAGUUUGGCGAAGAAACGUACGACGCUGAAGAAGAUACUUACAGUCACUCUUGUUUGAGCUGCCCGUUCACAGAAACUUACGAAAAAAUGUAAAUACGAGUACCGAGUACCGAGUACCGAGUACCUGCACGUUUCCUCGCGUGUUCCGCAAUUUUAAGUUCCAAACUACGAUGCGAUAGUGCGAGAUAGGUAUUUAUCGCGCGAAAUGACGAUUAUGGUAUUUUUACUGGUUUUUCUGCGAUACUCUCUAUUCCUUAUGUUGAAAUGUUCGUUGUCGAGCGAUAUGGUAUCUUACAUGAUUUCUUUACGAUGAGUAUCAACAUGGAUACAUCACUUACCUAUAGCUGCUAAGAUCUGCAAAUUUCAUUUCAAGUUUCUACUUUUGUUUAUUUUAUAGUUCUGUUUUAUUCAGCGAGUCACUUCAGUACAAAAAACAAAUUUUAAUAAAAAAAAUUUCAAUUC